AUGACCCACGGUAUCAGCCAUUCAUCCUCCAAAUCGCUCAAGGGCCACUAUCACACUGCUGUUCACUGUUCUAAAGCCUCCAGUCAUAUUUCUUCACUCCAUCGUGGAGAAAGACAUAAGGUCCAUCACAAGAACUCUGCUGCUUCCCAUCAUGGUGGCCACCGUAAAAUGCCUAUUGUCCAUGGAGGCUCAAAGGUUUCUUUUUCUGCACACUCCUCUUCUGGCCAUGGACACGGUGCUGUUCAUUGUGGGCACAGUUAUGGAAUCCAUCAUGGAUGGAACAAUACUGGUCUUCUCAGCAUUAAUGAAAAGGAAACUUUACAACAUCUUAACCAGCGACUGUCCUCCUAUCUAGAUAAGGUUCAUUCUCUGGAGCAGGAGAAUGCCCUUUUGGAGAGGAAGAUCUGUGAGUGGUAUGCCAACAAUGCCCCCAUUUCACUCCCUGAUUCAAGCCAAUACUCCGGAACCAUCCAGGAGAUCCAGAAUAUGAUACUUUCAACCACCAUGGAAAAUGCAAGACUUGAGCGUCAAAAAGACAAUGCCCAGCAGGCAACCAUUGACCUAAGAAGAAGGUACCAAAUGGAGGUAAACCUGAGGCACAGUAUUGAAUUUGAUAUUGCUGAGCAGAGCAAAGCAUUGAGUGAAUUUAAUAUGACAGUUCAAGACUUGGAAAGACAAGUCCAGUGUCUACAAGAAGAACUUUUCCAAAUGAAGAACAACCAUGCAGGAGAAGUGAGUUUCCUACGACAACAACUUGGUGCCAGAGUUAAUGUAGAAAUGAAUGCUGCCCCAUCUGUUGAUCUGAGUCAAGUGUUAUCCGAAGUCAGAGAUGAAUAUGAAAACCUAAUGGAGAGAAACCUGAUGGAAGUUGAGAGCAUGUUCCAAACAAGGAGUGCAGAAUUAAACCAGGAAGUUUCCAUUGGUGCCGAACAACUACAGACAACUAGUAAUGAGAUCAUUGACCUGAAACGUUCUGUGCAAGCCCUGGAGAUUGAGCUGCAGACUCAGAUGAGUCUGAAUAAUGCUUUAGGGUCCACCUUGGCUGAAACAGAGGCCACGUUUAGUGCCCAGCUUGCGCAGCUCCAGUGUCUGAUUGAUAAUAUUGAAGCUCCACUGGCUCAAAUCCGAUCUACUCUAGAACGACAGAACUAUCAGUACCAACUUCUAAUGGACCAGAAAAACCAACUGGAUAUGGAGAUUUCCACAUAUAGACAUCUUCUAGAUGGUCAUAAUAUUAAUGUUCCAACUCAUAAUUUCUUUGGAGCUAAACAUGCUUACCUUAACGAGCUACACAAUGCCCUUGAAGACCAAGAAAACAGGGGGCGUCGUAAUAACCUGCGCCUUAGAGGGAUCCCAAAAUCUGUGUCACCUGGGGAUAUCCCGGCUGCAGUGAAAACACUGUGCACCUCGCUGCUGGGACCAGAUUUUGCUCUCGAUAUAAUUAUAGAGAGAGCCCACAGAGCACUACGUCCUAAACCCAAGCCAGACGACCCUCCUAGCGACGUAAUCUGUAAGUUCCUCAAUUUUCAAGUAAAAGUGGCAGUUCAGGAAGCCGAUAGGAACCAGUCGGACAUUCUACUUGAGGGCGCUCCGGUGUCCAUAUACCAGGAUCUGGCCCCUUCUACAUUGAGAAAACGUAAAACCCUGAAACCACUGACGGAAUGGUUACGGGAACUUACGGGCCAAUAG